GCCACCUCGCGGCGCGUGGAGCAGUGGGUGCGGCUGCGGCUGCGCCAGGCGGGCCUGCCGCGCCCCCAGGCCGUGUUCAUGACGUCAGCAGUCAACGGGUUUGGCGUGAAGGAGCUGCUGGGGCGGCUGCGGGACGACAUGGGGUUCAGGGCUGACCUGUGGGUCGUGGGCGCGCAGAAUG